AUGUACUAUCAUCGAGUUGUUCCAAAGGAUCAAAACGGCCAGUUAUUAAUGGAAUUCCUUGUCGGCUUUCUGAAAAAUACUCGUUUGGCCGAGGGCUUACAAACACAUCUAUCAAAGAUAAGGGAUAAUAUUGGCGACCCCAGAAGGCUCAUCGGAGUGGCAUUUACCCAGGUAUUCAGACGCCAUUUCUCGGAGGAAGUGAGUGGCUCCUUUCUCGACAAGUCUGAAGUCACUGAUCGUGUUAUCAACUGUGUCAAAAACUUCCAGAAAGUUGAUCCUUCCAAGGUUACGCCAAAUGCUCACUUCCAAAAUGAUCUUGGUUUGGAUAGCUUAGACACCGUAGAAGUUGUGAUGGCCCUUGAAGAAGAGUUUGGAUUUGAGAUUCCCGACAAUGAAGCUGAUAAGAUCAACUCCAUCAAUCUAGCUGUUGAUUUUAUUGCAUCUCACCCUCAGGCAAAAUAAGGGAAAUAACUUGCGUGUCCAUUUCAUUCCCAUUUAUACUUAACUUUUCAUUUUUCUCACUGUUGGAUGUGUGGUUCACAUGUUUGACUUCUCUCAGCCUUCAUCAGUUUUGGAUAAUUCAUCACAAUGAGAAGUUGUCAUAGUGAAAAUGCUUUAUAAUGGGCUCAAACGAAGGAUGAGUUGCUUUACUGGUUGUUAGAAGUUGUCUUUUUAUGAAAAUAAACAAGCAUCAGCAUCCUUUAUGUGCUGGAUUCAUGUGUAUUUGUUUUGCACUGAUGAUGGUAACUGAACAUACGACUGCAAUUCUUUUAAUUGCUAGAUGCUGAAAUUAGUCGCUGUCAUUUUAGCUGUAUCUAA